AUGAGAUCAAUCAUAGAAGAAGGCAUGCUUGUGAAAAUCGGAAACGGUAAAUCUGUACGGUUUUGGCAUGAUAGGUGGUGUGAUGUCGGAACACUUGAAAGGGCUUUCCCAAGACUGUACACAAUAUCGCUACAGAAAAAUCUCCUCAUAAGUCAAAUGGGGGACUGGCUCAAAACCCAUAUUGAACAGAUGCGACCUGAUAGGGGCAGAGAAGAUAGUGUGGUCUGGAAACACUCGGGCAGCACGAUAUACCCUACAAAGAGCAUUGGUGUGAAAAUGUUUGAAGACAAAACACCCAUUUUGUCCAAACCCGUAAUCAAUCUCGUAUGGCAGAAAUUUAUCCCUCCAAGAGCACAGUUGUCCGUAUGGUUGGCGAGCUUGGAGAGACUUAAAACUGGGGAUUUCCUGUUGGAAAAGGGAAUCAUUGAUACUUAA